AUGAAACCGCCAACGUUCUUUGGUGGGAUUGAACCAUUGAAGGCUGAGACAUGGCUACUCGAAAUGGAAAAGCUAUAUGAAGUCUUUCCCUGUUUCGAGAUUCAGAUGGUGCUCUUGGCCACCUAUACUUUAAAAGAUGAAGCUCGAAGGGGGUGCUUGUUAAUCCAAAAAGAUAAUGGGAACAUGACAUGGACUCAAUUCAAGGAAAUCUUCUACGACAAGUAUUUCCCUCAAUGUUUUUGGGAUCAAAAAGUUUCUGAAUUUCAAGAGCUCAAGCAAGGCAUUAUGUCAAUCACUGAAUAUGAAGCUAAGCUCACCGAAUUGGCCCGGUUUGUUCCACACAUGGUGAAUACUGAUUAUAAAAAGGCACGAAAGUUUGAAGGAGGCUUGACUUUGGAAGUGUUUGACCGGGUUGACGUCUUGAAGUUGCCAACCUAUGUGGAAGUAUUAAACAGAGCUUUGAUGACAGAAGUUACCUUAGCAGCUAUGAAGCAAAGCAAGGCCCCAACAAUGAUAGAAUGGAGAGGUAAGAGGUCAGGGAACAAGCUUAGAAAAGGCAGCUCCUUUGGAAGUAAGAGGCAAAAUAUGGGAUCCUCUAGCAACUCUAGUCAGAGUAGUGGGUCUAUAAUAGUUUGUCCAGAUUAUGGGAGGAAACAUAAGGGCAUCUGUUAUUGA